AUGGAGCAAGUGUGCAAGGAGGAGGAGAGAAGCAGUGAGGAACUGCUGCUGGUAGCAGCUUUAGUUCGCAGGCAGACCCUGUCCAGAAGAAUUUCAAAUCCCUAUUUGGAAACUCCUUCAAAUAAGAUUUAUGGAGAAAGUUCUUCCUGUGCUGGGAGAGCUCUCAGGAAUAUUUUUACUCUACAAGCUUCUGACCUGAUUAAAGACAGGGUGUACCUUACUGGCAUUUGCAGGAGAAGCUGUGUUGGAUCAGAACUCGUAGACUGGCUUUUGGAGCAGUGCCCUUUUGUCAAGUGCAGAUCUACAGCAGUUGGAGUGUGGCAGCUCCUCCUGGAUAUGGGCAUUAUAUUGUCAGUGGACAGACAACUCUAUUUUCAAGACAGUCAUGCUUUCUACCAGUUCUCAGCGGAUGAAUGUACCUACCUUUUCUGUGAAUUUGAGAAAGAGGAAGCAUGGAAGAAUGGAGUAAAGCUCCUACUUCAACUACUGCCACUGUCUCCUCCCAGGAUUGACAUGUGCAAUCUGCCUGAUCAAAAAAUAGAAGAUACAGCAGAAACCAAUGCUGAAAUUCUUGCUCGUCUCACUUCUGCGGUACAGAGAGAACUGGCUGCUGUCAUUGCCUUGAAAGCAAGGAAGUCAGCAAUUCAUCAAAAUGAAGAAAACAGCAGUCAAGAAAUAAGAGGACUAGAAGAGCUCAAGGAUACCUCUGAUGCACAGGCAGGAGUUUUAUGCAAGCUUCAGGGAAGAGAUGACAUCGGACGAAUUGAGCUGGUCCAAAAGCUGGCCAGAGAGAACUGCCAGUUUUUGCAGGCGGAUAGAAAAGCACUGGAGAAAGCAGAACAAGACCUGACUUCAGCCCUUCGGCUCACUUAA